AUGUUCUUUGAUGCUUCUGUAGCUGAAAGACAGCUCCAAAGGACCUGGUUUAAAGAACCUGGUUUAAAGAUAGGGGAUGUGAGAAGUGGUUCUAGUUUACCUCAAUGUGUAAAACUGGAAAGAAGUGAGCUUCUAGCCUUGCACUUGGAUGGCGAUGUUGUGAUUGGAGGGUUUUUCCCUCUGCAUUAUGUUGCCAGUGAUCCACAGUAUAGCUACAAAACUAAACCAGAAACUACAUCUUGCAGCGGCUUUGACCUCAGAGCCUUUCGCUGGAUGAUGACCAUGGUGUUUGCAGUGGAGGAAAUUAACCGUAAUUCAAGUCUAUUACCAGGUGUUAAACUAGGCUACCAGAUUAUGGACAGUUGUGACCAUGUCCACACCAGUCUGAAAGUUCUUUUUUCCUUAGUCAGUCACUCUGAAGCAGAAAACACAACAGAAGAAAUAAAGACAAGAGAGUCUUCCACAUGUCUGUAUUAUUCUCCGGUGCCUGCUGUGAUUGGUUUUGCAUCCUCUUCCCCUACAAGAGCUGUAGCUCAAACACUUGGCCCUUUCAACAUACCACUGGUGAGUUAUUUUGCCACUUGUACCUGUCUUACUGAUAAGCAAUUGUACCCAUCAUUCUUGAGAACUGUGCCAAGUGAUCUCUUUCAAGUUAGAGGCCUUGUACAGCUUGUCACUUUCUUUGGCUGGUUCUGGGUAGGCACAAUAGGGACCACGGAUGACUAUAGUCUUUAUGGGAUCCAAGCAUUCUCUGAUCUAUUUGGACAACAAGGUGGGUGUGUAGAAUUUCAUCUCACUAUCUCAAAAUCAUCCACAGUGGCUGAGAUACAAAAAAUAGCAGACAAAUUACAGAGUUCAACUGCUCGGGUUGUGGUGGUCUUUGCCACAGAAGGCCAGCUGGUAGAUUUGUUCUCAGAACUUGCCAGGAGAAAUGUAACAGGGAUACAGUGGAUAGCCAGUGAAGCCUGGGUGACUGCUAGCCGACUGGCUUCACCAAAUUUCCACUAUCUUCUGGAGGGAACACUGGGCUUCUCCUUCCCUGGAGUCAGCAUCCCUGGCUUGAAAGAGUUUCUUUUAAAUGUCCGACCUUCUCCCAAACCAGGAAUGGAAUUUGUCAAUAUGUUCUGGGAAGAGCAGUUUGGUUGUAAGCUAGAGUUUCAAAGAGACAAUGCAGGUGUGGUUGAAAAGCCUUUAUGCACAGGUUUAGAGGAUCUCAGAUAUGUUUACAGCAGUUAUAGUGAUGUAACUAAGGUCAGAAUAUCCUAUAAUGUGUAUAAAGCUGUAUAUGCUAUUGCCCAUGCACUGCACACUUUUUUGAACUGUGAUUCUGUGGGACCUAGCAGGGGAUUAUGUGAGAAGCACAGCUCAUUUUCAAAUGGUCAGUUUCUUCAACAUCUGAAAAUUGUGAAUUUUACCAACCAGUUUCAUGAAAAUGUAUAUUUUGACUCCAAUGGGGAGCCAGUCCCUCUCUAUGAUAUCAUUAAUUGGCAGAAGGACAGCACAGAUGAAAUUAGAUUUAUCAAAGUUGGAAGCUAUGAUGGUUCAGCUCCUCAAAGACAGCAACUGCACAUAGUGAAGGACAUGACUGUAUGGACAAAAGGACAGUCACGGGUUCCUUUAUCUCAAUGUAGUGCUCCAUGUCCCCCUGGCAGCAGGCAGGCCACACGCCAAGGAGAGCCCAAAUGCUGCUUUGAUUGUUUGCCCUGUGCAGAUGGAGAGAUCAGCAACCAGACCGGUUCCACUGAAUGUAUUAAAUGUCCAGAAUACUUCUGGUCAGACAAAGAAAAAGUGAAAUGUGUUGCAGGAGUAGAAGAAUUCCUGUCUUUCUAUGACAAAAUGGGAAUCAUCCUGGUAGCAAUUACCUUGCUGGGUUUCAUACUGACCACCAUCAUCACCAUUGUUUUUCAUCGUUUCCGCUAUACACCCAUCGUCAAGGCCAACAAUGCAGAAAUAAGUUUCUUGCUUCUCCUGUCACUCAAGCUCUGUUUCCUGUGUUCUCUGGUGUUCAUUGGUCAGCCCUCUUGGUGGACAUGUAGGCUCCGCCAGGCAGCAUUUGGGAUCAGCUUUGUCCUGUGUUUGUCCUGCCUCCUUGUUAAGACUAUUGUGGUCCUCCUGGCUUUCCGGGCGAACGUACCAGGUUCCAGGGGUCAGAUGCUGUUUGGAACAUCUCAGCAGAGGAUUCUGAUCUUGUGCACUACAGCUCCUCAGAUCUGCCUCUGUACUGGUUGGGUCUUGGGCGCACCUCCCUUUCCAUUCAGAAAUCCAAACUACCAAGCUUCAACUGGAAAAAUCGUUGUGGAGUGUAAAGAGCCAUGGCCUCCAGGGUUUUACCUGCUGCUUGGCUACAUUGGCCUACUGGCCUUUGCCUGUCUUCUCCUGGCAUUCCUUGGACGCAAACUACCAGACAGGUUCAAUGAAGCAAAGUUCAUCACCUUCAGCAUGCUGAUUUUCUGGGCUGUGUGGAUUUCUUUCAUUCCAGCUUAUGUCAGUUCUCCUGGAAACUUUUCUGUGGCAGUGGAAAUAUUUGCUAUCUUAGCAUCUAGUUAUGGGUUGUUGCUCUGUAUUUUUGUGCCCAAAUGCUAUAUCAUUUUACUGCACCCUGAGAAAAAUAUUAAAAAAGGUAUGACCAGAAAAUGUUGUAGAUGA